AUGCUGCGCAGCUACUCUGGACAGCUCUCCCAGGUCCAGGGGCAGGCCCUGCCUCGCCCACUGCCGUUCGCCCUGAAGGACGGGGUCACCCAGGAGCUGCAACGGUUACAGCGAGAGGGCAUCCUGGUGCCCGUCAAGACCUCUGAGUGGGCCACUCCUAUAGUUCCAGGCCUCAAGCGAGAUGGCAGUGUCAGGAUCUGCGGGGAUUUCAAGGUAACCAUCAACCCCGUCGCUACCGUCGAGAAGUAUCCACUGCCCCAGAUUGAAAAUCUCUGGUCAGCGUUGUGCCGGGGACAGAAGUUCACAAAGCUCGACCUCAGAGACGCUUACCAGCAGCUGGUGCUCCAGGAUGCCUCCCGAAAGUAUGUCACAAUAUCGACAACCUUGGGGCUCUUCCAGUACGCGCGCUUACCGUUUGGCAUGGCCUCAGCCCCGGCCAUCUUUCAGUGGGAGAUGGACAACCUCUUCAGGGGCAUGAGGCAUGUGGCGGUGUACUUGAACGACAUCCUCGUUACUGGCACCGACGACGGGGACCACCUGCAGAACCUGCACAACGUGCUGGCACGAUUGCAGGACGCCGGUCUCAAGCUCAAGCUGGAAAAGUGCGUUUUUAUGGCCCCCAGCCUUGAGUACCUGGGACGCGUCAUUUCCCAGGCUGGCCUGUCUCCAGCCCCCCGCAAAGUUGACGCUGUGCUCAAGGCGCCAAAUCCCCACAACAAGAAGGAGCUUCAGAGCUACCUCGGCCUCAUCAACUUCUACAGGAGUUUCCUACCGAACCUGUCGGCGCAUCUACAGCCCCUCCAUCUUCUACUUCGAGAUGGUCAGCAGUGGACCUGGAAGCAGGAGCAGGAAGUGGCAUUCCAGCGCAAGCAACGUUACAGCCAGCUGGAUAAGGAAGACCUGGCCCUCAUGUUCGGGGUCGAGCGCUUUCACCUGCACUUGUGGGGCAGAAAAUUUGAGGCGAUCACGGACCACAAGCCGCUGCUGAGUCUGCUGGGACCGGACAAGGCAGUUCCCGUGCAGGUGCCAGCUGCUGCUCCAGAGCCUGCUGAACUGUUCAUGCUGGAGCACGCGUCCCCGGAGGUACUCUCCAGAUCUGCGGUGUCACUGGCGACCAGCUGUGACCCUGUCCUGUCCCAGGUGGUCAAGGCGGUAUCCCGAGGGGAGGAGUUGGUGCAGCAGGCUUACAGCCACAAGGCUUCCGAGCUGAGCCUGCAUCAGGGCUGCCUAUACUCAAGCGCGACCAUUGCGGCGCUGCGACAGGUCUUCGCCGCCCAGGGGUUGCCGGACGUCAUCGGGUCCGACAAUGGCCCCGCUUUCGCCAGCACAGAGUACCUGGCCUGGCUGACAAAGAAUGGAAUUCGCCAGAUGAUGGUUCCGCCGUACCACCCUGCGUCAAACGGUUGCCCGCGGGCACUGUUUCAGUACCGGACCACGCCCCACGAUGUCACUGGCCAUGCCCCCUGUGAGUUCCUGCUGGGUCGGAUGGUCAAGACACCCUUGGACGUCCUGCAUCCGGACCUCCAUGCCACAGCGCUCCUCAAAAAGUUGAAGCAGAAGCUGGCUGCUGACCGAGGGUGCCGUCCCGGGCCUUUGCCAGAGUCGGGAGCUCCGGUCUUCACCAGGAAUUUCCGUCCUGGUCCAGUCUGGUCCGCCGGACAGAUGCUAUCUACUCCCAGCGCCUCAUCGCUGCUCGUCCGCAUGCCGGACGGGAACCGGCAUGCCAACCAUGUUCGGCCUCGCCUCGUGACCCAGCCUGCAACCUUGGGCGCCACUUCAGAAGGCCAGCCCGAAGGGGGGCCAACGGCAACACCGGUCGCUGCCAGCGAAGCACCAGAGGCGUUGGAGCCAGUCGAACUGGGCGACAGGGGUACCCCGCAGGGCUCGGUGAUAUCCGCUACCCUCCUCAACCUGGCCAUGAUAGGACUGUCCAGGCAACUGACUUGA